AGCGUGCAACCGACUCUCCACCCUCCCUCCCCCCCCCUUUUCUUCACAGAGCUCCUCUCCACGCCCUUUCUGUAGGGACGGACGCUCUCAAGCUAUCGUGAGCGUGGAGGGGUACUCUCUGUUCAUUGUCGUUUGCAUUGAGGAAAUUUGGCAAUGCACUAAUUUAUAUUGCUUAAUAAUCUAUACCCAUUUAAACACCUGAGUAUGGAAACUGGAGGAUCCCCAACUGUUACAUUGAAGAAGACUAACCUCACACCUAAGGCCAUUGUACAUCAGAAAUUUGGUAGCAAGGCAUGUUAUAUUGUUGAGAAAGUACAGGAAAUGACUCAAAACGAAUGUCCGGGAUUGGCCAUCAUCCAGAAGGGUCCCCCCCUUUUUCGCUGCACUCUACAACUUCCUGACUUUUCUGUUAUGUCAGAAAUUUGCAAAAAAAAGAGGGAUGCAGAGCAAUCUGCUGCAGAAAAGGCUUUAGAUAAGAUAGGAUUUAAUCUUGAAACAAAUAAUCUCACAAAUGUACAGGAUCCAUGGGAUAAUAUGAUUUCUCGUCUCUCAUAUUUAUUUUCAGAUGAGUUACUUUCCACUCUGCACCCACUGAGUGGUCACUUUAGAGCAGUUUUGCAGAGAGAGGGUGACCUUAGUGGUUCAAUCCCUGUUUGUGUUAUGGCCAUCUAUGAUGCAAAGCUUUGUAGUUUAUGCAAAUCCAUCGAUCCUAUGGUGGAGACUAAUCCCUUGUUGGCUGUACAACUUGUCAUGAAAGCUGCUGCAAGAUUACCUGGGUUUAUUGUUUCAUCUGAAGAACAUCUUUGGAUGCGGAGGGAAAACCCUUUCCCUUCUGAGAUUCUGCAGUCCUUAAUUACUGAGGAAGCCAUUUUGCCAGAAAGUGUUCAGAUUAAAGCAGUACGUAUUCCUUAUUCACCUGACAAGAUUGUUGAACCAAUGUCUAUUAAUGUUUCCUCAAAUGGCUACUACAUGGAUGCCAUUGCACAAGAGCUUGCUGUAAAAGAUGUUUUCAGGGUUCUGAUCUCUAGAUCUAUUGGCAAGGCUUCUUCAGAGAUGAGAUUAUACUCUUCAGUGGAUUUAUCAUCAGAUGUGAAAGAAAAUGUAAAAUCUGAAGAAUAUUUUAAUGUGAGGGCAAGUUAUUUCUCUGGUCAAGAUAUACAUGGUGAUGCAAUUUUGGCUUGCAUUGGAUACACUUGGAAGUCCAGAGAACUCUACCACGAAGAUGUAUCCGUGCGUACAUAUUACAGGAUGCUUAUAAAUAAGAUGCCUAGUGGAGUUUACAAGUUGUCUAGAGAGGCAAUACUUGCAGCCGAUUUGCCUGUAGCAUUUACUACACGAACAAACUGGAGGGGCUCUUCUCCAAGGGAUCUCCUCUGUACAUUCUGCCGUCAGCACCACUUGUCAGAACCUGUCUUCUCUCCCAUCAAUAAUCCUUUGAAAUCAUUAGUGGACUCUCUGGGAUCAGGCAAGAGAUUGAAGGUUGAAGAGCCAGGUAAAGAAGGAACAGAAUAUGCAAAUGGAAAUGGUGUUGCUGCUACUGGCAGGGAACCAGUGGCGCCUGGAUCCACCUUUAACUGUGAAGUAAAAAUUUAUUCCAAGUGCCAAAAUUUGAUUGUACACUGUUUGCCAAAAAAUUCUUAUAAGAAGCAGGCUGAUGCUUUCCAGAGUACUGCUUUGAAGCUUCUCUCAUGGUUGAAUACAUUUUUUAAGGAACCAGAUAUGCCAUUAGAGAAGUUGACAUCUUCUGGAUAUGCCCUCAAUAUACGAUUUAAUCCUCAAUUUUUUUUUAAGGAGUUUGCAUUAUGUCCGUCGGUUCAUAAUGUUUGGCAGAGAACUGUCACCGAAGAAAUCAGAUCACUGGAUUCAGACCGCUUUAAUCACCCAUGCAUUGAGCAAGGAGUUGGAGUAAGCCUUUUAAACAUAGAAGGUCAAGAUUCUGGUGUCUCUCCAUCUAGCGGGUCGUUAGUAUGCAUAAAUUAUAACAUAUCUUUGGUUACAAAAGGGGAGAAUACAAAAGAACUACUUGAAAGUAAUGAUGAUUUUGAGUUCGAAAUAGGAACUGGAGCAGUGAUUCCCCAGCUUGAAGCUGGAGUGAUACAGUUGUCUUUGGGUCAGUUUGCUUGUUUCCAUACAGAAUUGCAUCCAGAAGAGUUUAUUUUGGCUGCAGCUGGCGAUUCAGCAAAAACCCUUUCACUGUUAUCUUCAAAAGCGUGCUGCUUGGAGUUCUCCAUAAUUUUGUUGAAGGUUACAGAACCCUUGGAGGAUAGAAUGGAGCAAGCUUUCUUCAACCCUCCACUUUCAAAGCAGCGAGUGGAGUAUGCAUUACGGCACAUUAAAGAAUCUUCUGCUACUACAUUGAUUGACUUCGGAUGUGGCUCUGGAAGUUUGUUGGGUUCUUUGUUAGAUUAUCCCACUGCUCUAGAGAAAAUUGUUGGUGUUGAUAUUUCGCAGAAGAGUCUUAUCCGUGCAGCAAAGAUACUGCAUUCAAAAUUAAGUUCGGAUUCAGAUGCGGAAUUGCCAAAUACAAGAAUCAGAUCUGCAUUGUUAUAUGAGGGAUCCAUCACAGAUGUUGAUUCUAGAUUGUAUGGAUUUGAUAUUGGCACUUGCUUGGAGGUACUUGGUUUUCUCUUUAGUGCCAGAACUCUUAAGAGGAUUGUUAGGUAAUUGAGCACAUGGAAGAAGAUCAAGCAUGUUUAUUUGGUGAUGUUGUGCUGAGUUAUUUUUGCCCCAGAAUUCUUAUUGUUUCCACUCCAAACUACGAGUACAAUGUGAUUCUCCAGAGGUCUAAUCCAGCAAGCCAAGAAGAUCCUAACGAGAAAACCCAGUCACAGUCAUGUAAAUUCCGCAACCAUGAUCACAAGUUUGAGUGGACUCGCCAGCAAUUUAACAGAUGGGCUGCUGAUCUUGCGGCAAGGCACAAUUAUAGUGUUGAAUACAGCGGUGUUGGUGGAUUUGCCGACUUGGAACCAGGAUUUGCUUCUCAGAUUGCUGUCUUUUGUCGGGGUGAUAAUCACUCGGAAGGCCAGGGAGACGAUGAUUUGAAGAAAAUAGAUACAGCCCAUAAGUAUGAAAUUGUCUGGGAGUGGGAUAGAUCUCGCACAUUGAGUUCUGCUGUUUGAAAAUAUAAUAGAACUCAUCCUUUAUUUUGGGUAGCGCACCUAUUUUAGAUCUAGUUCAAACUUACACAGCCAUGACCCAUUGGCCUCUUAACUUCGUUACUGCUGUAGGGCAUGAAAUAGUUUCAUGCAUUUGGAGACUGCUGAAGUGAUCGCUUUCCUUGAGCCAGACUUGAAUUUUAGAUUAUUUACUUACAUCCACUCUCCAUAGUAAUGUUCCUUGUAAUGCUCCUGCAAACACUAUGCCUGAUGCUAUAAUUUGAAUCUUCCGUGAAAAUGUGAAUAUUCAUUGUUGAA